AUGGGUCGCUCGCCAACCACUUUUUUAAACAUUGACGGCAAGCGCCUUGCGAUCGCUGUCAAGCUCAAGCCCACCACACUGGCGGACCUUCGCGACUACUUGACGACACAACACCACAUGACGGAGCACGAUCGUUUUAUCCUCUUUUGGUACAAGAACAGAUUGCCAGCGACGGACAAGCACGUGCCGUACGAAGUCGAGCCACUUUGCGAGCGCUCGAUCCCUACGAGCGCGUUGUACGAGUUUGGUGGUCCGUACGCCGGUGUCAUUCGCCCGCGCUCCAAGAAGGUCAUCCGAGACAUGCGGAUC